AUUGUUGCCUGCGCUGAGCAACCUUGUCACAUACCCAUACUAGGGGACAGCAAAGAUGAAUGAUCUCAAGAAUCCAAACCCAACCAGCCCGGCAUUCGAGUAGGGGAACUAGGAUGCGUCGCUUACUGGUAAAGUCUGCACCAACAACAGCUUGGAAGAUCUGAUCGACCAGAUGACAGCUAAGCAUCCACCACCAACGCAUCUCCGAGAUGGCCCGACUCUUCCCCAAAACAUGUCUAGGCGACUGGACCAAGGGGUAGAAUGUUGCAUUCCGCUCAAUCCUCCGCCAUUGUGUGGCGGGUGAGAAGCUUGAUAUCGAUUGGCCUUUGGAUAUCGGUUCCGCCACCCAGUUCUUGCUGGGAACUGGCCCUGAUGGCCGACCAUCUUAUCGACAUGCUCGACCUGCCAUAGCCUAACAGCCAUAUCUGCAUCAUGUGGGACGAAUACGCGUGGAUCACCACUGUGGAGGGCAAGAUCCCCGACUGCAAGCACCGCCGGGGCAUCAUCUACGACGAGCUUUUCUCGCGCGGCUGCUUCGUGCGGGGCGGCCCCGAGCAGGGCGGGCCGUUCCUCCGGUUUAUCAAAUACGUGGCAAGCGCACUGGUGGAGGCGAACAAGUCCCGCGAGGGCACGAUGAAGCAGAUCGAGGAGCUGGUUGCUUUCGUGGAUCGGGCGAAGGAGGUCAACAAGCAGCAGGCUUACUUACCAGAUGCCUGAGGUGCGUGGUCAGUCGCAGGCUUGGCGAAGGUCGAUUGGAGGCAGAUUCACGAUUCUCUUCGCCCCGCUAGCACUGGGGCGUUGAGUGGGCAGUUCUGGGAGGGAGCGGGGUUUGAUCGGAAUGACCCGCCAGGAUGAGAAUUCGACAGGACUUGCUUUGUAUUUUUAACUACGAUAUGACGACGGCGGUGGGAUUGCAUUUUUAGCUUCGUGAAGCCGACAGGGCCGGCAUUGUACUUUAGAGAUGAUACCCCGAGACCAGGACACACACCGCUUGAUCACCACGAA